UUUUCCUCGAAAGUCACUUUCUCGUUAGCUUUCCUCUCCUUCCCUCGAGCCCCAAUAACAAACGAACCCAACCCACCCAAGAGCGCCAUGUCAUGGUUGGCUCGCUCUCUCGCCGACUCCCUCCGUCUCGACGACGACAACACGGACGGCGACGGCGAGGACGAGGUUGACGUUCUAGGCUCGGAAAACGACGCUGCAGCCGACGCAUCUAGCGAUGGUUCACUUUCAAAGCGCAAUGAUGAAGGAGCCGAGAGAUUGAAAGAGAUCGGCGAUGGGGAAAGAGGGGAAGGAGGAGGAGAAGAAGAAGAAGAAGAAGACGCGUUAGCUAGAGGGGUGAGAGAAGAUCUCUCUGAAUUAGGGCAAACUCUACAACGUCAAUUGUGGGGCGUGGCUGCAUUCCUUGCUCCCCCUCCCACAACGCAGGCCGCCGCCGAAGCGGCUUCGGAGGCGACAACAUCGUGUGAUCGAUCGGCUUCGAAUUUGAAUGAUUCCGAUCCGUCCGAUCGACCGGACGGCGCCACGACCGGAAAUUCGGAGGAAACGUCGGGGAUCAGGCAGGAAUUUGCGGAGAUCGGGGGUAGGUUUAGGAGCGGGGUCACGGAGAUUUCUAAAAUGAUGGGGUCGGAUUACUUUCACUUUGGAUUGGAGGGCGAUCGGCUGGAAACCCAGGUGGAAGAGGAAGAAGAAGAAGGAGGAGAAGAGUAUUAUUAUGAGGAAGCGGACGGCGAGGAUUUGGAAACGGAGGAAUACGACGACGACUGGGCAGCUAAAGUUGUAGGGAUCACCGACGAAGUGUUGGCAUUUGCGAGGAAUAUCGCUAUGCAUCCCGAGACUUGGCUGGACUUUCCUCUCGACGAGGAGGAAGACCUAGAUGACAGCAAAAAUGUUUAAUUGGAGUACUAGCUGCUGAGUGAUGAGUUUCUUGUGAUCUGCACCCGGCAAAGUGUAAUUUGGGGUACAUGUUUAGAAGGACUGUUUGCAUUUUUGCUUUAUCAUGUGAAUGGUAGUCUAGGAAUGAUGAGAAUAUGUUCAUAUGCAUUAGUAAUAAUGCAGUUGCCUUGUUUUUUUAUACCAAUGCACUUGUCUAGUUAUUCUGUUUGUGAAUCUUGAGAAGCUGGAGGGAACUAUGUCAAAUGCACUAGGCUGAGAAAUAUGUGAUGAGCGAUACAUGCUGAUUGGCUGUUGUCCGUUAUAGGCUCGAAUCACCUCUUGUCUUCGUCUAUACAAUGUCACACAAUAGUUAUUGUCUCUAAAUGGAUUAUCACUCUGUUGCCAAUGAUUUCUACUAUUCUUUGUUCAAUGCCCUCGUGUUUCUAUUGUUAUCAGAACAGAGGAACAGUCUUGUUUUCGUUUGAUACUUCUGUGGUUAAUAAACAGGAAUGGUACUCUGAAUCAUGGUUUGUGGUUUCUAGGUGCAAGUUCUAGGUGCAAGUUUCGUUCAUGUCAUUUCUCGGCAUGAUAAUGCAGUCCUUGGUUGUCUGAUUAUGGCAUGCGGUUAAGCGUUUUUUUUUUUUUUUUAAAUUUGCCCACCUUGUUUCAGAUCUUCAGAUGUCUGAUGCACAACAACUACACACCUCAGUUAUCGAACAACUUGCACCUAGGUUAGCUGCUCUUAGAAUUGAACUUUGCCCUUGUCAUAUGACCGACAGUUACUUUUGGAAAGUCUAUUUCGUUCUCCUGCAUUCAAGACUCAACAAGCAUGAUGCAGAAGUUUUAUCUACACGCCAGGUAAUGGAAGCCAGGUCCUUGUGGAUGCAGGAGCUACACAAGCAAACUAAACCAGAAUGUGAUGAUUGGUUUGGAAAAAGUUCUUCGUACGUGAGACAGAGUUCUGAUCUAACACAAGAAGCAUUUUUCACUCCAAGGACAUAUGACGAGCAUACAUCCGGCAUGUCAGCCGACUUCGAGACAGAGAAGCACCUCGUUUCAAGGAACGAAUUGCCCUUCAUUGAUAAAUCUGUUAUUGCCGAGAAGCCGGUAGUGAAGAAUGAGCACAAGGAUAUCGUGCUCCUAGGUUCAUCAUCUAAAGUACCAAUGCCAAUUUAUGAGGAGGAGGAGGAUGAGUGGCCAGACGCAGAGGAUUCGGAUUAUGAUGAUUGCAAAACUCCCAUUGUUCCAGGGGAUGAAGAGGACAUCUCUUUCAGUGAUUUCGAAGAUGACUGUAUCGACUUGCCCCUCAAAGACCGAACAAAGAAGUAAGAUAACAGCAUCUUCAUCACUCUGUGAAAACAUACAAUCGGUGGUUUCACUCAGCGCAAGCUGUUUUUUUUUUUAUUCUGGACCACCUCCAAAGUCACCACACUGUAAGUACCAUUUACGUAGUUGGAAUUCUUUUGGCACUGUAAUUGAUGGGUUUGUUUGUUAAGCCAAACUCGUGAUUGAUUAUGCAAAAGCCUUGUAAAGCAAACCGUGUAAAUUAUUUGUGGUGGAAACUUGUUGCCUUAGUGAUGAGCAAUUGUUUGAUUUCCUUUUGUCCUAUGUUCUAAGCAAUGACAGAUAGCAUUUAUUUUGGUCUCCCGCAAGGCUUUUCUUCUGGUUGUACUUCUACUAUAUCAGGUGUUUGCCAUUCCAUUCUUGCAGAGUUGUUCAUAUAGAAGCACAUAAUGCUUCUGCUGGGCUGGCCUUGUCAAAGCAGGAUUCUCGGCAAUGGUAAAUCUCAAGGUACGAGGAUAAGCAGCCACUUCUGGCGAGAUGUAGUUUUCGCGUUAGAGAAAUUGCAGAUCAUAUCCUAUGCUGCGAUGAUUGUUGGUUAUUUCACAUGUUCUCCAUUUUCAAGGUUUGAUAGGAUGGUUUU